ACAAAUCAUCUCUGGGAAUAUUGUGGAAAGGACGGAGUAUAAGUUGAAGGCGCCCAGGUUUAACUCACGCUCGCGGGCGCGCAGCAUGAAGAUGCAGAGGUGGUCCACGCGGUGGAAAACGAAAAGGUGGCCCCGGGACUCGGCCGUGACCGUGCUCAUCACCCUCGCUGUCCUUCUCCAGGCUGCCGAGGUCAGAGGAGCUGAACCAGUUGAUGUGCUAAAAGUAUUAGAAUUUCAUAAUUCACCAGAAGGAGUAUCAAGAACAGCAGGAUUUUGCACUAACAGAAGAGAUUCAAAAGGUUCAGAUGUUGCCUACAGAGUUUCAAAAACUGCACAGCUCAGUGCCCCAACAAAGCAAUUGUACCCAGAUGGAGAUUUUCCAGAAGAUUUUUCAAUAUUGAUGACAGUAAAACCUAAAAAGGGCAUUCAGUCCUUCCUUCUGUCUGUCUACAAUGAACAAGGAAUUCAACAAAUAGGUGUUGAAGUUGGAAGAUCCCCUGUCUUCCUCUUUGAAGACCAAAAUGGAAAGCCUGCCCCAGAAGACUAUCCUCUUUUCAGAACAGUCAACAUUGCUGAUGGCAAGUGGCAUCGAGUAGCCAUUAGUGUGGAGAAGAAAAGUGUUACAAUGAUUGUUGACUGCAACAAAAAAACGACAAAACCACUGGAGAGAAGUGACAAACCAAUUGUGGACACGAAUGGCAUCACUGUCUUUGGAACCAGGAUUCUGGAUGAAGAAGUAUUUGAGGGUGAGAUCCAGCAGUUGUUGAUUAUAGCUGACCCCAGAGCUGCAUAUGACUAUUGCGAGCAUUAUAGUCCAGACUGCGAUUCCCCAGUGCCUAAUGCUGCUCAGGCUCAAGAUCCUCAAGUUGAUGAGUACACACCAGAAGAUUUUAUCGAAUAUGACUAUGAGUAUGGGGAUGCAGAUUAUAAAGAAACUGAGUCUGUAACAGAGGGACCCCCACUGUUUGAAGAGACAAUAGCACAAACAGAGGCAAACAUUGUCGAUGAAUUUCAAGAAUAUAGCAUAGCUGAAAAUGACUACAGGCCCCAGACAGAAGCUCCCUCCAGAACUACUGAAGCCAAUGAGCAAAACCCUGUUGAAGAAGUAUUUGCUGAAGAAUACAUAACUGGAGAGGAUUAUGAUAAAAAAACUGAGGAAACUGAAUAUGGAAGCAGAGGAGUAGACCUCAGUGAAUCUGAUCUUCUGGUAGAUGGAGAUUUAGGCGAAUAUGAUUUUUAUGAAUAUAAAGAAUAUGAAGAGAAACCGACUGAUUCUACUAAUGAGGAGUUUGGUCCAGGUGUUCCUGCAGAGACUGAUAUCACAGAAACAAGCGUGACUCAACAUGGGGCUUAUGGAGAAAAAGGACAAAAGGGAGAACCAGCUGUGAUUGAACCUGGUAUGCUCAUUGAAGGACCGCCAGGACCAAGAGGACCUGCUGGUCUUACAGGUCCCCCAGGUUUACAAGGCCCUGUUGGUCCUCCAGGUGACCCUGGUGAAAGGGGUCCACCUGGUCGUCCUGGUCUCCCUGGUGCUGAUGGUUUAGCAGGUCCCCCAGGUACCAUGUUAAUGCUACCGUUCCGCUUUGGUGGAGAUGGUGAGAAGGGCCCAACAAUCUCAGCUCAGGAAGCUCAAGCACAAGCUAUUCUUCAGCAAGCAAGGAUUGCAAUGAGAGGUCCACCUGGUCCCAUGGGACUCACUGGAAGACCAGGUCCUGUGGGAGGACCUGGAGCAGCAGGUGCUAAGGGAGAAAGUGGUGAACCAGGUCCUCAGGGUCCUCGUGGUGUUCAAGGUGCCCCUGGUCCAAGUGGAAAAGCUGGCAAACGGGGACGGCCUGGAGCUGAUGGUGCCAGAGGAAUGCCAGGAGAACCUGGUGCAAAGGGUGACAGAGGAUUCGAUGGUCUUCCUGGCCUCCCUGGUGACAAAGGUAACAGGGGAGACCGUGGCCCACAGGGACCUCCUGGCUUACCUGGUGAAGAUGGAUCAAGAGGAGAAGAUGGGGAAGUUGGACCAAGAGGUCUCCCAGGUGAAGCUGGUCCACGGGGACUACUGGGUCCCAGAGGUACACCUGGUCCCCCUGGACAACCUGGCAUUGCAGGUAUUGAUGGACCUUCAGGCCCAAAGGGAAACAUGGGUCCUCAAGGGGAGCCAGGACCCCCUGGUCAGCAAGGAAUCCCAGGCCCACAAGGCCUUCCUGGUCCACAAGGUCCUAUUGGACCUCCUGGUGAAAAAGGACCUCAAGGCAAGCCUGGCCUUCCUGGUCUUCCUGGUUCUGAUGGGCCUCCUGGCCAUCCUGGCAAAGAGGGUCAGUCUGGAGAGAAAGGUGCAUUGGGGCCUCCAGGUCCUCAAGGUCCAAUUGGCUAUCCAGGUCCUCGGGGAGUAAAGGGAGCUGAUGGUGUUCGUGGUCUCAAGGGAUCCAAAGGUGAAAAGGGUGAAGAUGGUUUCCCAGGAUUUAAGGGUGACAUGGGCCUUAAGGGUGAUCGGGGAGAAGUUGGUCAACCUGGCCCAAGAGGAGAAGAUGGUCCAGAAGGUCCAAAAGGUCGAGCAGGUCCAUCUGGGGACCCAGGUGCUGCUGGUCCUGCUGGGGAAAAGGGCAAGCUUGGUGUACCUGGAUUGCCAGGGUAUCCAGGAAGACAAGGUCCAAAGGGUUCAACUGGUUUCCCAGGAUUUCCAGGUGCCAAUGGAGAGAAAGGCGCAAGGGGAUUACAUGGCAAACCAGGCCCCAGAGGACAGCGAGGACCAACAGGUCCAAGAGGUUCAAGAGGUCCAAGAGGUCCCACAGGCAAACCAGGUCCAAAGGGUACUUCAGGCAAUGAUGGUCCGCCUGGCCCUCCAGGUGAAAGGGGACCACAAGGGCCUCAAGGACCUGUUGGAUUUCCUGGACCAAAGGGACCCCCAGGCCCACCUGGUAAAGAUGGCUUGCCUGGACAUCCAGGACAGCGGGGUGAGACUGGAUUUCAAGGAAAAACUGGCCCUCCUGGUCCUGGUGGGGUUGUUGGCCCUCAGGGUCCUACUGGUGAGACUGGCCCAAUUGGUGAAAGAGGUCAUCCAGGUCCUCCUGGCCCACCAGGUGAACAAGGCCUCCCAGGUGCUGCAGGAAAAGAAGGUGCUAAGGGUGACCCAGGUCCUCAAGGUAUUCCUGGGAAAGAUGGACCAGCAGGACUUCGUGGUUUCCCUGGGGAAAGAGGCCUUCCAGGAGCGCAGGGUCCCGCUGGUCUAAAAGGAGGGGAAGGCCCACAAGGUCCACCUGGCCCUAUUGGCUCACCAGGAGAACGUGGAGCAGCAGGCACUGCUGGUCCAAUUGGUCUACCAGGUCGUCCUGGACCUCAGGGUCCUCCAGGCCCUGCAGGGGAGAAGGGUGCUCCUGGUGAAAAAGGUCCUCAAGGUCCAGCUGGACGUGAUGGAGUACAAGGUCCUGUAGGACUUCCUGGUCCUGCUGGUCCAAGUGGUUCUCCUGGAGAAGAUGGUGACAAGGGUGAAAUUGGUGAACCGGGUCAAAAAGGUAGUAAAGGUGACAAAGGAGAAAACGGUCCUCCAGGUCCACCAGGUCUCCAGGGUCCUGUUGGUGCUCCUGGCAUAGCUGGAGGUGAUGGGGAGCCAGGUCCAAGAGGUCAGCAAGGAAUGUUUGGGCAAAAAGGUGAUGAAGGUCCUCGAGGUUUCCCUGGCCCUCCAGGCCCCAUUGGCUUACAGGGUUUGCCUGGCCCACCAGGUGAAAAAGGUGAAAAUGGCGAUGUGGGCCCAAUGGGUCCACCUGGUCCUCCAGGUCCAAGAGGUCCACAAGGUCCUAAUGGAGCUGAUGGUCCUCAAGGUCCCCCAGGCUCAAUCGGCUCUGUUGGAGGUGUUGGGGAAAAGGGUGAACCUGGAGAAGCUGGUAACCCUGGACCUCCUGGAGAAUCUGGAACAUCUGGUCCAAAAGGUGAAAGGGGAGAAAAAGGUGAGGCUGGUCCACCUGGAGCAGCUGGACCACCAGGUGCUAAAGGACCUCCAGGUGAUGAUGGGCCUAAGGGUAACCCUGGUCCGGUUGGUUUUCCUGGAGAUCCUGGUCCCCCUGGAGAGCCCGGUCCAGCUGGUCAAGAUGGUGUUGGUGGAGAGAAGGGCGAAGAUGGUGAUCCUGGUCAACCUGGUCCACCUGGUCCUUCAGGAGAAGCUGGCCCACCUGGUCCACCUGGAAAGAGAGGACCUCCUGGAGCAACUGGAGCUGAAGGCAGACAAGGUGAAAAAGGUGCAAAGGGUGAACCUGGUGCAGAAGGAGCUCCUGGAAAGACAGGUCCAGUUGGUCCUCAGGGACCAGCAGGAAAACCUGGCCCUGAAGGUCUCCGGGGCAUUCCUGGCCCUGUGGGAGAACAAGGUCUACCUGGAGCACCAGGUCAGGAUGGUCCUCCUGGGCCUCUGGGUCCACCUGGCUUGCCUGGACUGAAAGGAGAUCCAGGUUCCAAAGGAGAGAAGGGACAUCCUGGUUUGAUUGGCCUGAUUGGACCUCCAGGAGAACAAGGUGAAAAGGGUGAUAGGGGUCUUCCUGGCCCACAGGGGUCUCCCGGAGCCAAAGGUGAUGCCGGAAUUUCUGGUCCUGCUGGUCCACUUGGACCCCCUGGUCCUCCUGGUUUACCUGGUCCCCAAGGUCCAAAGGGCUCCAAAGGAUCCAGUGGUCCUGCUGGUCAGAAGGGUGAUAGUGGUUUACCUGGCCCACCUGGUCCUCCAGGUCCUCCAGGUGAAGUAAUUCAGCCACUGCCAAUCCAGUCACCCAAAAAGACUAGAAGAUCUCCAGAUUACAUGGUAUCUGAUGCUGGUGAUAAUAUUCUGGAUUAUUCUGAUGGCAUGGAGGAGAUCUUCGGUUCACUGAAUUCACUGAAGCAAGACAUUGAGCAUAUGAAGUAUCCAAUGGGCACUCAGAGCAACCCAGCCAGAACUUGCAAAGACUUGCAGCUCUGCCACCCAGACUUCCCAGAUGGGGAAUAUUGGAUUGAUCCUAACCAGGGUUGUUCUGGAGACUCCUUCAAAGUGUACUGCAAUUUCACAGCAGGUGGGGAAACUUGCAUCUACCCAGAUAAGAAAUCUGAAGGAGUUAGAAUUUCAUCAUGGCCAAAAGAGAAUCCAGGAUCUUGGUUUAGCGAAUUUAAGCGUGGCAAACUUCUUUCAUAUUUGGAUGUUGAAGGCAAUUCCAUUAACAUGGUUCAAAUGACAUUCCUUAAACUACUGAGCGCCUCUGCCAGACAAAAUUUCACAUACAACUGCCAUCAGUCUGUAGCUUGGCACGAUUCCUCAUCUGACAGCUAUGACAAAGCACUAAGGUUCUUAGGAUCAAAUGAUGAAGAGAUGUCUUAUGACAACAAUCCUUACAUCAAAGCCCUCCACGAUGGCUGCGCGUCAAGAAAGGGCUACGCAAAGACAGUGAUUGAAAUCAACACACCCAAAAUAGACCAAGUGCCUAUAGUUGAUGUGAUGAUCAAUGACUUUGGCGAUCAGAACCAAAAGUUUGGAUUUGAGGUUGGUCCUGUCUGCUUCCUUGGUUAAAUUUAAGAAAAAGAUCAGAUCAACAAAAACGUGGCACUUUGGUGCUACCAGCCUACUUCAUGCCACAUGCAAGUUUUGAAUAAGAAUGGCAUAGAAAAUAUGUCUUGCUGUGUACCUAUAUCUCAUCUAGAAAGUAACUGUUGCCCUUGUAGGGCCAGAAUCACAUGACUUAAACUAAUUUUGCAAGGAUGCUGUGGCACAGACAGACAACAUAGGGCUCACUUUGUCAACGCCCCAACCUACCUUUGGAUACCUUUGGUGCUGUUUAAAAAAAGAAAAAAAAAAGAACAAAUGACAUGGUGCUCCUUUGAUUACAAAGAGGUGUUACGAAAGUGUUUAAUAAAUUGUAAUUAUUCUAUGUACAGUACUAUACUGUUAUUUCUCUGUCCAUUUGCAAAACUUGCAUGUGCCUCUAAAUUGCAUCUGGCUCUUAUUUUAUAACUACAAAACUACAUUGUCAAUACUGUUUAUGUAUUCUGAAAAAAUAAAGCUGUAAUUGCCAGUGAAGCCAUUUCAAUUUCUGAUUAAUAAUAAAAUCCCUUUGUAUAUAUUGUUGUUGAAGAGCUUUGUUAUUUGAAGUCGCCAAAAAACCUUAAGGUGGCAAAACUGGAAGAUCUUGAGGAGCACACUCAAAUACCCUUUUCUGCUGAUAUUAUUAUGUGAUGAUGAAUUUCAAUACUGAAAGCACCUUCAAAGGUGUUGUGUUCCAUGGUGCUAUACCUCAGACCUUUUAUUUUCUUUUCUAAUUUCAGAAUUUCAUACAAAAUCUGUAUAUACCUAAAAUAAGUAAAUUUAUAUUUUUGG